AUGUGUCUACGAAUGGCUGGAUCUCUGGCGCUAUUGGUGUUGGUGAUGGCGCUUGUCCGAGCGCAAGAAGAAGACGAGUUUGACGUAGUUGAGACGGCAACACCAGAGUCAUCACACUCGAUGCCUGCUCGAAAUUGGACUACAUUAGCUAAGCAAUUUGUUCCUUUUCAAGAUCCAAAUAAAUUUGUCAUUGAAGCAAGUUGCUGGGGCUUUGGCAUUCUCUAUCUGCUAGUCUACUUCGUCGGAAAAGUGCAGAACCGCAAGAUUGCAGACAAAUGGUUGGAGAAAGCAGAACCUUCCUUACGUACCCAAUUUUCGUAUACAGGAUCGUCAAUUCCGAAUGGAAUAGGUCUCAUCGAAGAGAGUCGCACAAAUUUCAAGUAUUUCUGCACGGGCCGCCGAUUUUUGACACGCUUCGUCGCAGACUUGGAGCUAAAAUCUCGUCACGAUUUGGUCUCGCGCCUUUAUCGCGUUUUUGUGCCUACGUCAGACUAUUUGACAAUUGACGUUGGACUUCACGGAGAUAUGGUGGACCCAUUUAUUUUCAGUAUAAGCAAGAAAUUGGGCUUCACAGCACUCUCCAAGCUAUUUCCUGAGCUAAUUGAAACGGCAAAGUUAGUUCCGGUCAAAGAAGUUCCCGAGUCAAUGUGGGUUGUGACAGACUGUGCUGAGAUCCCCAAAUUAGCGCUAACAUACUCUAUUAAGGCGUCGCUUAACGAGCUCGAAGACUUUCUUGAAUAUAUUGUUAUCACGGACAUGAAUAAACAACCGAUCGUUGGUAUGCCAAAUACGCAGAAGAACAUACUACGAGUUCGGUUCAAACUCCAGGUUCGCUCGAAGGAGCUGGAUAUUGUCAAGAUGCUCCAGUUCGUGUACGCUUUGAUUGACGGAGCAGGAGCCACCAUCAAGUUGUCGCCUAAUGCUAAGCAUAGCGCGAUUAAAAGGCGCGUGAAGAUCAAGCAGGCGCUUGACGCUUUGGUUUCUGCCAGAGAAGACGAGCCCACCCGUCCUCAAGCAAAAUUAAGUGAGAAGAAGCAGAAAGAGUACGAAAAACUCUCUCAUGAGGAGCAGCAAAAGAUUGACGCUAAGAACGAAAAGAAGGCUACUCGCAAGCGCUUUAAUCGCAAGAAAUGA